AUGAUGGGCAUCCUUCAACGGCGUCCCAACCUGGACGUCUCCAAGCCCCGCUUCCGCCUUCGCCUUUCCCAAGAAACCGCGCUCGACAAUCACGAUCUCAAGCCCGUACCGCCGUCCAAACGAACAUGGCGAGCGAUCGAUUGGGUCUCCUACUGGAUCUCUGAUCAGUUCGCUCCGGCAACAUGGCAGCUCGGCGCAUCCAUGGCAGCCACCGGUGUCACCGCACGAGCCGCCAUCCCCGCCGUCUUUUUCGGCUUUCUCUGCGUCGGCUUCGUCAUGUGGGCUGCUGGAGUCAUCGGCGCCACCUACCACGUCGCUUUCCCCGUCAUCAAUCGUGCUCCAUGGGGUAUCAACGGCUCGCUGUUUCCCGUAGCUGCGAGAGCGUUUUUGGCUUUGAUGUGGUUGAGCAUCCUCACCGUGACGGGAGGCACCUUGACGGAGCAGCUGCUGAUCUCGCUUUCGCCGAGGUUUGCAAAUAUGGAGAAUCACCUUCCGAAGAGUGCCAACAUCACAUCUAGAGGACUCCUUUGCUUCUUCGUGUUCUGGAUGGUGCAGACGCCGAUCACGAUGAUUCCGGUCGCCAGGCUCAAGUGGUUGUUCAGGUUCAAGGCGAUCGUGUGUCCACCGGCGUUCCUGGCCAUCGGUAUCUGGGCGCUUCAUGCCACUCGAGGCGGAGGCGAGCUCGUACGUGGCCCAGUCACGGCAGGAGCUUGGCCGAUCAUCGUCGCUCUCAACGCAGCGACGACGAUCUACUGCACCGUCGCCGUCAACAUUGCCGACUUUACUCGAUUCUCAAAGACAUCCAAGGGAACGUGGCAGCAGGUUCUGCUGCUUCCCAUCACCGGCACGAUCCCUUGUGCCUGUGGUUUCUUUGCCGCUGACGCAGCCUUGAUGCUGUACGGCGAGGCGGCGUGGGACCCGGCAAAGCUGAUCAGUCUCUGGGGCAGUCGAGCAUGGACCUUCUUUGGCGCUCUCGUCUUCCUCAUCGCCACCAUCGGCGUCAACAUCAGCGCCAACGCCAUCUCCUUCGCCACGGACGCCAUGUCCGUCUGCCCCGCCUACAUCGACAUCCGCCGUGGAUGUCUGCUCGCAGCCAUCCUGGCUGUUGCCAUCACCCCUUGGAACCUCGUCAGCUCCGCCCAAGGAUUCCUCAACUUCCUCGGUGCCUACGGAUGCUGGCUCGGACCUAUCUCCGGCAUCUGCCUCGUCGACUACUACCUGCUACGAGGUCAGAAGCUGGAUGUUCAACAGCUCUACGUUCAUCCGAAGGGCAUCUACAGUUACGGAAACUGGGGUGUCAACCCGAGAGCAUACAUCGCGUUCACAGUGGCAUUCGUGCCAAAUCUUCCAGGUUUCAUCAACGCCAUCAAUCCGAACGUCAAGGUGAACGUGCCGAUCUAUCAUUUCAACUGGUACUUUGGCAUCGUAGUGGGUGCAUUGGUCUAUGGGGUUCUGUGUAGGUACGUUUGGCCGCUGCCGAAGGAGUCGCUGUUGGAUGAGGCGGUGUAUCCGGACGAGGCGUACUUUUGGGACGAGGAGGAGAGAGACCAGAACCGCAGCCUUGAAGACGGUCGUGGCAAGGACGAGAAGAAGGACGAGGGUUCGAGUGAGGGAUCGCUGGACGGGAUGGAGGUCGACGUCGUGUUCGCGAAGACCGAUAAGACAGUGUAG